GGAGAUUAGUGUUAUGGAUGGAUUGAUUGAUUGAUUGAUAGUUCAUGAACUGGGUUUACCGUUUAUCUUUUGAGAACUCUGGGAUUUGACGGGGAACUUGAGAUGCUAGCACGAGUACAGUAGACUUCCAUGUCGUGGAUGGGUUAGUUUGAUAUCUACCUAUCGUCUUAACUGGGAUGGCGUAGCUGAGGUCGAAUUGACUUUCCCUACCCAGCUCUCUUCAUAACUUCAUUUUCAACUAGUCAACUUUAUUUGAAUUGCGCAACUUGUAUGAUAUCAACUUAUCAACGAAUCGAGAGGACAACAAUAGUUCAUGAUGGGUGAUAGAGAAGAGAAUAUGGGAUUUGAUGAUGUGGUUACGAAUGGUAUUGUGGUAUGUAUUACUUCUUUCUAUUACCUUCACUUCUACUUAUGUUUGCUUACUUGAGAUUUGUCAUUUCAUAUGUUGUUGUUUGAUAGCUUUCACCUUCAUUUUUUUUUACAUUUAUCAGUUUUGGUGUUUUCUGUUUUGAAAAGUGAUUUUUUAUAUAUCUUCCCUUUCUCGAGAAUCCCAAUAUUCCUUUCGCUUGCUCUGUCCCAAAUUCGUUCUUUACAUUUUUCAUUCCACAAGCCUUGGUAUGUGCAAGAUUUCGGAGAUCGAAUUAUUUCACCUACCGUUUCCUUUCAGAUUGUCUUUGGAAAGCAGAAAAAUAGAUAUAGAUGGUCCAUUCAUCUCAAGAAGAAGUGAAGUUGCUGUGUAGCCGGCCUUAGACGAUCAUAGAGAAAAUGAGUUUUCCUACCCCCUUCUUCAAUUUCUACCUAAACACCAUUUCCUUUUAAAUAUCCCUCCUUCUCAUUCUCAAUAUACUUCCCCAAAAACCGGAACUUGUUUCCAUCCUCUUCCAGCUCAGGAGCCUACUUGAGCCCCAGACGAACACCCGAAUGUGGGGAUGAUCACCACCAAAGCUCCCACAUACGACCAUAGACUGAGGAGAAUUGGGCAUCCCGUCCGCUCUGCCAUACACAAGCCUCAGAUCGGCAGAUUAGUAGUUGGGUGGGUGACCACCAGCGAAUACCUGCUGUUGUAUGUUUUUUGUUUUUUGCUUUUUCAUCCUCUGUUCUACGUGCUGGUGGGAAUGUGUUUGGAGGUUGCGGAUUUUGUUUUAGCGAAUUUGAUUUUUGGAUUUUUGGAUGAUAGGAGGUUUCUUUUGGGUUGGGGAUGGGAUAGGGGAUGUUGUGGUGUUUGAUGGGGAACUUGUUCCGGGUUUUCACCGAUGUAAUUGUGGAAUUUGUGGGGGUUCGUUUUUGCUUUCCAAACUAGGAAUCUCGAGUGAGAUACAUGCUUUUGGCAUGACCUGAAUCAAAGUAGUGGGAUUUCUAAAUAUUUCUCUAUAUUUAUAGACUUGAUUUCAUUAAAGGUUGCGUUUUUCUUUUCAAAGCUUACGGGUUAUAGGUCACAGCAGCAGAAACCCUCCCACUCGGCAUCGAGAUCGGUAUCAAAGAUGGCAAAAUCUCCUGUUUAGGGACAUCACUCCCUCGGUUUUCACAUACGCAAAUCAUUGAUGCCAAAGGUGGAAUGAUUACACCAGGUGGAGUCGACUCACAUGUCCAUUUCGCUCAAGACAACAGUCCAACUGGUGACAAUUUCACAACCGGCUCUCGCAGUGCGAUAGCCGGGGGCACCACAACCGUGUUAGCAUUUGCGUCACAGCUUAAGACCGAAGAUAGCGUUCUACCAUGUAUCAAAGACUACCAUACUAGAGCGGCAGAUCGAAGUUAUUGCGAUUACGGCUUCCACCUUAUUCUCUCCAAUCCUACCCCCAAUAUCAUGACAAGCGAAAUGCCACUUCUCAUCGAACAGGGAAUCACAAGUGUCAAACUCUACAUGACAUAUGAACCUCUCAAAUUAGGUGAUUCCGAUCUUCUCAAUGUCCUCAUGUCAGCCAGAGAAUUAGGCUUCACAACAAUGGUCCACGCCGAAAACAGCGACAUCAUUUCUCUCAUCACCGACCGUCUCGAAGCAAAUGGCCACACAGCCCCUUAUUUCCACGCCACAUCCCGCCCUCAAAUUGCCGAGAACGAAGCCACAUAUCGAAUCAUCUCCCUAGCAGAACUCACCUCAACCCCAAUCCUAAUCGUCCACAUGAGCUCCGAAAUUGCAAUGAAACACGUCCGAAAAGCUCAAACACGGAUGCUCCCCAUACACGCAGAGACCUGUCCGCAAUAUCUCUUCCUGCUAAGCGAGCGUCUAAAGGGAAGCGAGAAAGACCAAUUCUCCGGCGCGAAAUGUGUCUGUAGUCCACCUCUCCGACACGAUCCCAAGGAUCUCGAAGCAAUGUGGCGAGGAAUUGCCAACGGAACUUUCACAACUUUCUCCUCCGAUCACGCACCAAGUACCUACGACCACCCCGGCGGCAAGAAACUAGGCCUCAAAGACGGAAUCAUGAGAUACAAAAACAUCCCCAACGGCGUCCCCGGCGUCGAAACCCGCAUCCCCCUCCUCUUCAACCACGCAGGCUCCUCCCCCUCCUCCCGCCUCACCCUGCAACGCUUCGUGCAACUCACCUCCUCGGAUCCCGCCAAGCUCUACGGCUUAGAAGGCGUGAAAGGGAAUAUCGCGCCGGGAUACGAUGCAGAUCUUGUGAUUUGGUAUCCGGAUAGUGAGGUCGAGGGAGGGAUUGAGAUUCAGCAGGGGAAUUUGCAUCAUGUUGUUGAUUAUACGCCCUAUGAGGGGAUGAGGGUGAGGAAUUGGCCGCGCUUGACGGUUUUGAGGGGAAAGAUUGUGUGGGAUCGGGAUGA